CCACAGGAGGGAGAACCGUCACAGGAAGGAGAACCGCCACAGCCACAGGAGGGAGAACCGUCACAGGAAAGAGAACCGUCACAGGAGGGAGAACCACCACAGCCACAGGAGGGAGAACCGCCACAGCCACAGGAGGGAGAACCGCCACAGGAGGGAGAACCGCCACAGCCACAGGAGGGAGAACCGCCACAGGAGGGAGAACCACCACAGCCACAGGAGGGAGAACCGCCACAGCCACAGGAGGGAGAACCGCCACAGCCACAGGAGGGAGAGCCGUCACAGGAAAGAGAACCGUCACAGCCACAGGAGGGAGAACCGUCACAGGAAGGAGAACCGCCACAGCCACAGGAGGGUGAACCGUCACAGGAAAGAGAACCGUCACAGGAGGGAGAACCGCCACAGCCACAGGAGGGAGAACCGCCACAGCCACAGGAGGGAGAACCGCCACAGCCACAGGAGGGAGAACCACCACAGCCACAGGAGGGAGAACCGCCACAGCCACAGGAGGGAGAACCGCCACAGGAGGGAGAACCACCACAGCCACAGGAGGGAGAACCGCCACAGCCACAGGAGGGAGAACCGCCACAGCCACAGGAGGGAGAACCGCCACAGGAGGGAGAACCGCCACAGCCACAGGAGGGAGAACCGCCACAGCAGGCAGUGAAGAAGAGAAACAGACGAAGUGAGACUGAUGAUGUAAACGUUUAG